UCCCUCCUCAAAGUACCACUCAUUCUCUCGCCCCCUAUUGCGAUGCACGUAGCGUUCACGCCUCCUCAUACCCCCACAAGUGACGAUGUUGUCCACGAGAACUUCAUUGAGUGGAUUCUCCUUCAGGAUAUCAACUAUGGGCUGCCAAUCACAAAGGCAGUUUCCUGGGCUAUUGCUUCCACAGAACUCGCUAUCACUGCCUCACACGCUGUAGAUCCCAGCAUGUUUCCCAACGGGUUACAAGCAGUAACCGGCUCACUUCGAGCGAUUCAAGACGUUUCCAUCACUUCCCUUUUCCUUGUCGGCACCACACUCAUCGUCAUUGGAGGAUUCAUCCGCUGGUGGUGUUUUCGCACUCUUGGUCGUUUUUUCACGUUCAAGCUCAGUGUCCGCAAAGGGCACCAGCUUGUCACGAGUGGA